AUGAAAUUAUCCGAUAACUAUGUUAUUGACACGUUUAAAGAUGAAACCGUAUCGAAAAAUAACCAUUUUAAUUGUGAAGAACGAUAUUUCGUUAUUGUAUUUUAUGGCCAAGCAUCAUUGAUAACCUCGAUCACUAAAGAUAAAUCCAGUAUACAUACUGAUACGGUACAAAACACACAGCACUUAAAAGGCCGUUCUGACGGCCAACAAAUAUUAUUCGUAUGGCAAGCAAAGACCACUCAAUGGCUUGCACAUAACUUACAUGAAUAA